CCUUUAUCAGUCUUCCUUACCCCAAUCAAACUUCUUGACCACUCUAGCUCUGGCGUGCUCUUCGUCUUCUAUCACUACCCACCACUCGGGCACCUCUACACGGACUGGACUGGGCUACAGCACGCCCCGCGUGUAGUAUUAGCACCGCUUGCGUACAUAAAUCUCUGUCUGUCUGGCUCUAACGCACCGGAAACACUAUCACAUCCGCUCAAGAUGUCCUGGAACUACCAACUCCAAAGGAUAAACGACUCGUUCCAGCAGAUCGCCAAUUGGUACAAGGAGUUUAUGCAUCGAAGCGAACAAGCUUUCCGAGCACUACACCAGCGAAUAUCCUAUCUCGAGGACCGGCAAGCCUGGCAGGGACCGUCCGACGAGCAAGUGGAACGAGUGCUACGCAAGAUCCUGGCGGAGCGUUUCGCUGAUCCAGGAAUCCAACGGGUGCAGAAUCCGAAUGACAUGAAAGACGGUGCCUAUUUCGUACAGAGACCGAAGGAGGACAUCUCGUUGCCAGUGCCCCUUCCCAUCGACGUGUCCUCGUUGCAGGUUGGCAUCGACGCUGUCCCGUCGAAGACGUACAGUCAGGACUUUCAGAUGCUCGAAAGCAAGCUCGGCGAUUUCCCCGCCAUCGAUAUGAAUGGGCCUCCCUCCAGCGAUAGCGACUUUAAGGAUUCACCCAUGCAUUUCAAGAGACAGAUAACGCCACAGACAAAGCAGGACCGAGAGAUAUGGAGCUGAGAAGGCGAUGUGGCUUCAUCCAACUUAUCUCACUUCAACAAGUAUGUGUGGUUCAACAUCUAUCGAGGAAAAGUGCGAGCAGCUACGUUGGGCACCAUCUCUGCAGCUCGCCUGCGGCCCGAAGUUCCGCUGGCCAGGGAGAUGUCGGCUUGUGAGAAGCUACUUACCUCGCACAUUUUGGAAGCAUUGUUUCGAUGGCAGAAGCUCAAUACCGCCGGCAAUAAUGCUUCAC